AGCCAGCUAUAAAAAGCCAACCACCUACACCCCAUUUCAACCCUUAGAAACAACCCUUAUAACUGAAAACAUCAACUACUUUGCAGAAAACAUUUCAGCAAGAUUUGUAUACCUACACUUAACGACAUAAAGAUGGCAUCGCGUCAACUCAAAAACAGAAUGGACAUCAACUCGCCGGUCUCGCGACGAUCCUGCAAACAGAAAUCUGGGAAGCAUUCAUUCAGCUCCAAUGCUAGGGCCUCUGAUGUGCAGCCUGACGCGACAGUGUUUGCAUAUGAACAUUUCCCUGCACUCCUCGAAGAGAGAAGGCGGAGUCGGCCAUUUCCUCCAAUGAAGAUCUCGUUUUCUGAACUGUGCACGGAGAUCCGAGUCCAGAUCUAUCGCUACCACUUUCGAUUCUCCGAUCCUAUCGAGUUUUGGCCAGAGACGGGUGUAUGCGAUGGCGAUCACAGAUUUGAUAGAUAUCGCGAAGCCAAAUUGACAAGGGAAAAAUUCAGUAAACUCACCUCCAGUGGCGACCUGAAUCUGAAGUUCUUACGCGUGAACCGCCUGAUCAAUGCCGAAGCAUCUCAAGUCUUCUUCGGAGAGAACGAGUUCCGAUUCUCUGCCAUCAACGGGCAGAUGGCGGCCAAUAUCUGGAUGCGACGUAUCUACCAACGCCACUAUCGUUGGCUCAAGUCAAUCACGAUCGCGGUGCCCUUCUAUUCUGACUCAUUCCGGAGCCCCUACAACGCAACGUCAAUUAGAACGAGGGAUGAUAUGUACGAUGUGAUGAUGUUCCGCUCCAGUCGAUGCCCGAAGUCCUGUCAUAGCUCCCCGAAACAGGUCUUCACCGAUCGAGAGUUCAAGUACACAGAAGCCUUCGUUAGUCUGACAGCCGAGCUCAUGCGCGCUACCAAUCUCCGGACCAUAACUCUCGUCAUCCCCCAUGACUACCGCUACAAACAGACGGAUCGUCAUGAAGACGGAUAUUUUGAUUCCGAGACGCACGACGGGCAGCGACAGAUCUGGCGUGAUCUCCAGAAGCUGUUUCUUGCGAAUCCGAACUUGUCACUCAAGAUGGUUUGUUUGCGUGACGGUGACGGCGAGAGUAACAUAUGGGACUACAAUUUCUGCGACCGAAAACUGGUAGAACAGCUUUCCUCCCUGGCACCGACUACAAUGUGGUCGGCCAAGAAUGACAGCGAAGGCAAGUGGUCUGUCGAUAAAUCCAUUGGUUUGGAUGACAUAGGGAAGCCGGACAAACCAGACAAUAGACGAUGGUGGUAGUAUGCGAAUGACUGGGCUAUGUCAGAUUUCGAGAUUUUGCUGAAGUUGCUACUCUCGUUGUCUGAACGAGUUUGUUUAGACGUAUAUGUUAUUAUAGAAAUAUGGACUAGUAUCAGUAAACUCUAAUAUACAUUCUACACCGCAACUGUUACA